AUGAAAAAGCUCAAGAAGAACGUUUCGCUGCGUAUCGAAAUUCUGGUCGUCCAGAAUUUCAUUGAGUCGUUCCUGACCAAGUCUUUGACUUGUCCACGGCUUCUCUUCGCUAUCCAAGUUGAUGGAAAGUUGUUCUUCUCCUCAUCACUUCAGGCUCCAAACCCUAAUAAUAAGACAUCAUCAUCUCUUGUUCUCGUCGAUCAUCAACUCUAUUUCCCUACGGAUGGCUCCUCAAAAGAAUUUCACCAUUUAAAUGGAUUGGUCUAUCGUCAAGAGCAGAGGAAGACACAAUCCGUGGGGGUGAUUUGUCAUCCCAGCACGGGAAAGUCUGUCACUUUACCGCAAGUGAAAACAAAGAAGCUUGCCAAGACAAACGGUUUUAUUGGGUUUGAUCCAAUGGAAAAACAGUUCAAGGUCUUGUCCAUAACUUGUUAUGUUGUUAACAUAUUCCAUCUACCACAAGAGCAUCGAGUUAUGACAUUAGGGAAUGGACAACAUAUAUGGAGAAAUAUCAAGAAUCGCAAACCUCAUUAUCCUUUGGGCAAAGAGAUAUGCAUCAACGGUGUUUUGUAUUACCUUGCUAGUAUCAGUGAGAAUUCAUCUGCGUCUAUGAUUGUUUGCUUUGAUGUUAGGUCUGAGAUAUCGAGCUUUAUCGACAUAGAUGCACACAUGUGGACGUUAUCUUUUAAUCCUACUUUGACCAACUACAAGGGUAAAUUAGCUGCGGUUAGGUCUACAUGGAGAACUCUUGAGUUUUUGUUUCUAGAAGAUGCCAAGAAACAUAAAUGGUCAAAUCGCAUUUACCAACUUCGUCCUCUGUGUAAGAGUAAUGAAGAAUUAUACAUUGUUGGAAUGACUGGUACCGGUGAGAUUGUGUUUGCACCUUACUUUCUAUCAGACCCUUUCUGUGUUUACUUCUACAAUCGACAGUGA